UGCGAGGAGAACCGCUGCCAUUUUGUAGUUGCAGCGGAAUCCCGAAAGCGUCGGACGCAUUUUUUUUUUGUAAAUGAGUAAAACUAAACUGUUGUAAUUUGUCGUGAACAACUCGGAGGCACAAUGCUGUCCGCCGCCCAGCUCCUCGACGAGUUAAUGGGCCGAGAUAGAAACUUGGCUCCCGAUGAGAAGCGCUGUAACGUCCGCUGGGACGACGAGACUGUCUGCAAGUAUUAUCUCUGUGGAUUUUGCCCAGCUGAAUUGUUCACUAACACACGCUCUGACUUGGGUCCUUGUGAAAAGAUUCAUGAUGAAAAUCUCAGAAAAAUGUAUGAGAAAAGCUCCCGUUUCAUGAAGGAAGGGUAUGAGAGGGACUUCCUGAGGUACCUUCAGAGUCUUCUGGCUGAGGUGGAGCGCAGGAUCCGGAGAGGCCAUGCCAGACUGGCGCUAUCACAGGCCCAGCAGAACUCUGGAGGACCUGGCCCAUCUGGGAAGAAUGAGGAAAAGGCCCAGGUGCUCACAAAGAAGAUUGAAGAACUUGUCGUCCAGAUUGAAGAACUGGGCUCAGAGGGCCGUGUAGAGGAAGCACAAGGCAUGAUGAAGCUGGUGGAGCAGCUAAAGGAAGAGAGGGAGCAGCUCAGCUCAACACCUUCUACAAUUGAGAGCUUUGCUGCUCAGGAGAAGCAGAUGGAGGUUUGUGAAGUUUGUGGUGCUUUCCUCAUCGUUGGUGACGCUCAGUCCAGAGUGGAUGACCAUCUAAUGGGCAAGCAGCAUAUGGGCUAUGCUAAAAUCAAAUCAACUGUGGAGGAGCUCAAGGAGAAACUUCGACGGCGCUCAGAGGACCCGGAAAAAGAGGACCGGAAUAAGAGGGAGAGAGAGAGGGAAGACAGGGAGCGUGAGAGAGAGGAGCGAGAGAAGAAGCGCAAGGAGGAAGAAGAGCAGCGAGAAAAGGAGCGGGAGAGAGAGAGGGAAAAGGAGCGGGAGAAAGAGCGAGAGAGAGAACGAGAGCGUGAACGGGAACGUGACAGGGACAGAGAGCGGGAGCGAGAGAGACGCAGCAGGCGAAGCCACUCCCACAGCCGCCACUCCAGCAGGGCAUCAGAUCGUCGCAGGAGCCGCUCACGGGACAGGAGGAGAAGCAGAAGCAAGGAACGGGAGAGGAAGCGUAGCAGGAGCCGUGACCGGGAGAGGAGGCGUAGCAGGGAGCGCUCAGACAGGAAGAGGCGUUCCCGCAGCAGAGAGAGGAGGAGGUCCCGCAGCUCGGAGCGCAAGAGCCAUCGACACCGCAGCCGUAGUCGCGACAGGGAUAGAGACAAAGAGAAGGACAGAUCUGCCCGAGACAAAGAGCAUAAGGACUCAGAAGAGAAGAAAAGUAGUGGGAAGGGCUCAGGUGACGAGCGGCCCAGCGAGCCCCUGAAGCCCGAGCCCAUGGAGGUAGAGCCUCCCAAAACAGAGGUGAACGGCACCACUGAAGACCUCCAUUCUGAAGGUGACACUCAGUCCAAUUAAAACUGAUCUGAUAGGACCUCAGAUCAGCUCCAGGUAAGUGCACUCUCCCCCUCCAGCUUGGCUCCUUCCCCCUCCCCUCUCCCUCCCCCCCUUUUUCUUUCAGUUAUGUCUGUGAUUUUUCUUCCUGUUUUUUAAUAGUGCAUCGUAAGUAUGCACUGAAGAUGGGACUAGAGGCUGAAACAGAAGAAGGUAGAAUGAAACACAAACCCAGAGGGAAAAGCCAGUGUAGUCCUGAAAAACAUGCCUGGAGGUACUUUGUUUUGUAUCGGUCAUACACAUUUGUCUCUUAGACAAGUUCUCUUCCAAAUUUACGUUUUUUUAUUUUUUUAUUUAAAUUUCCUGCCUCUACCUAUACACAUUUCUGAACCUCAACUGUUAACUCAAUGCUCGCAGUAAGAAAAUGCUGUGAUAUUUGUGUAAUUGAUACAUAGAACAUAUAAAAUGGUGUGCCUAUGUAUGCAUCCACAUAUAUAAGCACACAGCAGUUUUAGCUGUAUUUGUAAUGUCUUUGAGGUGUUCACGGAGGAGCUUUUUAUAAAUUCAUUAAAACUGCAGUCAGUAUUGAUUCUGUUCUCCAGUUUCAUGGAUGUGUGCUUCCUUGCCUUGCACUUUAAUGCAGUCUGUUCUUAAAGUCGAGAGCCGAUAGCAUUGGGAUGAUGGAAGUGUAGGGUUAAUGAAUUAUUGCAGCUGACUUCCAUACCUCACACAGCGUUGGUGUUGUGAGCGACCCCAUGAAAAGCCAAAUUAAAAAUCAAGGAUACUGUCAAACUGUACAGGUACUCACCCAAGGUACUCCUUUCUCUACCCACAUCCAUUUGAAUGCUGUUGCCUGUGAACGUGUUUCAGAGCUUGAUGUUUUUGGUUUCUUUUGAUUUUUAUUUUUUUUCUCCAGUUACUGUUAAGAUCCUCAGGCUUUUUUUUUUUUAAUUUGUAUUUGGUUGGUUUUGAAAUGUCAAAUGCCUACUGCACUUUAAACAAGUUGGAAGCAAAAUGUUGGACUUCACAGAUGAACCCGGUUGAUAUCCCAAAGUCACAUGUCAUACCCUGAGCUAAUCAUUGGGAAAUGUGAUUUUUCGUGUGAUUUAUGCUUUCUUUGUUACUAAUACUUUUUAACCUUAUUUGAGCCUGUUUAAUAUUGGCACUGUAAUAAACAGGUAAUUCACCUGUUUUUUGUUUUUUUUUUGGAGAUCACAGCAUACUCCACCUGUUAUUCCCAUCCUUUUCCAAAAAAAAAGAAAAGAAAACGAAAUGGAUGAGAGGAUAUCAAUCGGGUUACUCUUAUGGGGGGAAAAGUCAAACCAAAUUUUUUUUUUAAAGUUCUAAGGUUUUGUUUGUGUGCUUUCCCUUAAACUUUUUACAUGUACAACUGAAUGGUCAUUAAGUGGUGUUCUCUAAAGUACAAAGGCCAAAAACAAUUAGGCAGGAAGAAGAUAAAACAAAAAACAAAUGUCCUUCAGCUAAAAUUGUCAUUGCAGUGUUAAUUACUGUCUAAUUGGAUAAAAAGUAGUAACCAAUGGAUUCACACCUCAGUGUUUAAUUCUGUACUAGUCCAUUAGCUCAAGUUGUUUAAGUGACCAUGAAAAUGACAAGGGAGUUUUUAUUUAUUCCUAUGUUUGUGUGCAGCAAAUGACUUUGUUUUGCUGUGAGCAAAUGGGAUUUCAGCCACUAAUUGUCUCUCUCUGACCAUUUGUGCACAUCAGGGGGAGCUGGGACAGCUGAACGAGGAAGACCUGAAGACCACCUAUCUUCAACAUGUCAACUCCGCUGCUUAAAACAAGGUGAACCACAGAUGUAGUGGCCUAAAUAAGAUAAAAUAAAAGGAAUAAAUGUAAAAUGGUUCUGUUGCCCUUUUCCAGCAGUAUCACAGGACCUUGUUUUUACCAUGUUUUUGUUCCUUCGUACUUAACUGUUAUGAGCUUAUAAGUACAUGAAGGUCCAUUCUUAUUUCUGUUAGUAUGCAUUUAAUAAAAAGUACCUGUGACAUGUUUGCUUUGUGCAGUUGGGUCUCACUUCACAUUUUAGAAUUGGAAGAGCAGUUUUGGAGUAUAAUGUACAGUGUUUGGACUCUGGACCCUGAUUGGGCGCUCUCUCGCUUAGCUUUCAUAAUUUUUCCCCUCUCUGUAAGCUAUAUCCCAAAUGUUUGAUCACUUUUAGUUUAGAAAAGUGGAUUUUCAUUUUGUUCAUAUUUUUAAAAUCCUGUAUUUUGUCUUGAAUAAAAAGU